AUGCUUAAUCGGGCGCUUUUCGUCACGCGAGCGCGACGGAUUCCGCUAGUUUUUGCCAGGACGGUGGUCUUUCACCGCAGGCGCAAGCCGCAGCGUCAAGAUCCGAAGAAGAUCGAGAAUUCGCUGAGCGAGCAGAUCAAAAAUCUCGAGAAACUCACACAGCAGGUACAAACCGUUGUGAAGGCCAAACAGGACGUUGACGCUCAGCAAAAGGCAAUGGAGGACCUUCACAUAAAUGACAGCAUAGACGGUUCGGUAGACGAGGAGGCAGAGGCGCUUUUCGAGGCGCUCUUGUCGUCCAACUCCGCUGAAAACCCGCUUCUUCUGGAGGAAGGGCCCCGCACAGAGACCAUGUCGAUCUUCCCCCCUGCGGAGCCCCACACUGCGCUUCCCGCAUCCAUCCGCGAGAAACUCGAUCCAGAAACCGUUAAGCAUAUUACUGUGGCCGCAGGGGCCAACUGGGUGCCCGUGGUGGACCGUUUGCACCAGACAACGGGGCUGGCAGGUAGCAGGCCUAUCGACGUUGUACAGUUUGUGACGAAGAUCCCGCGGCCGCAGCGGCCGCUUGUUGUGGCCAAAAUACACGACAUGGCGAUGUCUGCCGGACUUCUAGAGAACGUCCACAUCUACAACACCAUAAUGAGCUGCUACAAUAUGGCCUCUGCAGAGCAGGCCCGGCCGAUCGUCGAGAAGCUGUAUUCUGAGCUGCAGGCCAAAAACAUCGCGCCGAACCUCGUCACGUACAGCGUGAUGGUGAACCUGUACAGCAAGCUCACCGACGUGGACAACGUCCGCAAGUUUAUGCAGCAGAUCUCCGACGCGGGUCUGACGGCUACCAAAGAGGUGUACACGGCUGUUCUGCAGAUGUACGUGCGGCUGAACAAGUACGAGCACGUUCUGGAGACGUUCAACACGAUGAAGUUCCUCUCGAUCGAGACGGCGCCGUCGCCGCGCACGUACUCGUCGGUGAUACUGAUGGACGUGCUAAAUAACAACGUCGAGCAUGCGCUGGCAUUGUACGAAGAAAUGGCGGCCAAGAAGCUGCCGCUGGAGCCCGCAACAUACCUGGCGCUGGUGAAGGGGUGCUCCACCCGGCAAGACCUGACGGAAAAAGGGUGGCAGUUCAUUAUCGAGUACUACUCCAGAGGCUUUCCUAUGGACGCCCGCGUGAUAGAGAUGAUGAUGGCUCUGGCGGCCAAGGACUCUGACCUGAGCCUGGCCAGAGCGCUGUUUGUGGGGCUGUUUGGCACACUGACCAAGGCCGAGGGCCGCCUGGCGCCGCCUUCGCCGGUCGCGCUGAAAUACCUGUUCAACGCGUACGCUUUCUACGACCCGCAACGGGUGCCUGUGAGCCGUCUGAACCCGCGAGUGCAGGACAUUGCCGCGCGCACGUUCGAGCUGUGCGACUUCCUUUUCCACGCGGACGCGCCGCCGUUUCUGCCGACGCUGCAGGUCGACGAGAAACAGGCUCUGAGCGAGGCCCGUGCGCUGUUCCAGUACUUUCUGGCCAAGUUUCCGCAGCAGAUUUCCGUGGAGGUGCUGGAUGCGUACCUGUUUGUGUUUGCGUGGAAGGGCGAGUCGAUGGCGGAGUUUGAGCAGCUGUGGAGCAGACACACGUUCUUCAGGGGAGAGGGCGUGACGGUGGAGGAGCCGGAGGAGCCUGCGCAGGAGCGGCCGGACGGCGGCGAGCGCGCCGUUGCUACCGCAGCGGCGACCCCCACCCUCAAAUACCCACGCAACGACAAACUGUACAACAUAUGUCUGCACGCCGCACGGGUGCACAAGGACGUGCGGUUUGCACAGAGAAUAUGGACCGAGCGCGGCAAGUACAGAAAGACGCCCGAGUUCCAGCGUCUGAGUCCGCGCAAGCAGGACGAGCAGGACUUCAAGUUCGCCAGAGGCAUUGUGGCGGUGUUCGCGCAGACCAACAACGUCGUCGACGCAUACCAGGUGGUGCUGAGCUCGCAGCGGCGCUUCGCGUGGACAUACUAUCACCUGAAGGCGCUGAUGCUCCUGGCGGAGAAGCUCGGCUACACCAGCAUCCACAGAACCCUCUCAGAGGUGGCUCGUCUGGCCGAAAAGCGGCAACGUAAAAUGUUUGUAAAUAGUUAG